GUUGUGGUCCUCCUGGGUUCGCGGUGUUGAGGGGGGUCUGCUCGCGGCCUUUCAGGGGUCGUGGCGCGGGUGAUCCUGACUCUGCUAGGGCGUCCUUCCUGGGACCGAGAAGCUUCUAGUUGCCUCUUCCUGGAGUGAUCGGAGCCAGCGCCGUCUGGGCGGGGCGGUGUGCGGGGAUCGGAGGGGCUGCUUGCGGGCACCGGGGAGACCUCGCGGGCCAGUGUGUCGGGAGGCGGUCCGCGCGGCCUGGGCGGUGGUGCUCGGCGGGGUGUCGCUGGUACCCGGGAGAGAUUCGCGGGGAAUGAGCGCCCCGGCCAGACCUACCUUGUCAAGCUCUCUGCUCUCCCUUGACAAGAAAAGAAAGAAGGAAAGAAUGGCUGUGGAUGUGCUGCCUGCUCAGGUGAUAUGGUCAGUGACGUUUAGGGAUGUGGCCGUGUUCUUCAGCCGGGACGAGUGGUCGCACCUGGACUCUGCACAGAAAACCUUGUACCAGGAGGUGAUGCUGGAGAACUACAGCACCCUGGUCUCGCUGGGGAUUCCAUUUUCAAUGCCAAAGGUGAUCUGCCAGUUGCAACAAGGAGAAGACCCCUGUAUGGUGGAAGGAGAAGCCCUUCGAGACCCCUGCCUAGAUUUCAAGACAUGGCCUGAAAUAGAAGCUUUGCCUCCCAAACAGGAAGUUUCUAUAGAAGAGACCUCUCAGGGAAUAAUAAAGAAAAAAUCCAUUAAGUUUGGUCACUUUGACUUUAGGCUUGGAGAAGCUUUGGAAUUUGAGGGCAGGACACAAAAGGAUCAACAGAAAAAACCUCUUAGGCAAAUGGUGGCCUCACACAGGAAAGUCAUCAGUGGAGAAGGAAAUCAGACAAGUCUCGAGUUAGGAAAAGGCUUAUUUAUAAAUACAGUUCUUGUUAGACAGCAUAAUGUUACUAUAGAACGGAUACCCAACAUAUAUUAUACGUUUGGGAGAGAUUUUAAACAGAAUUUUGAUCUAAUGAGAUGUUUCCAGAUAUACCCAAGAGAAAAACCUUGUAUUUACAAUGUAUGUGGGAGAAGCUUAAACCAGAGUUUUCACCUUAUUGAACACCAGAGAAUUCAUUCUGGUGAGAAACCUUACAGAUGUAACGAGUGUGGGAAAACCUUCAGCCAUAGAUCAUCCCUUCUUGCCCAUCAGAGAAUUCAUACUGGAGAGAAACCUUACAAGUGUAAUGAAUGUGAGAAAGCAUUUAGCAGCAGUUCAACCCUUAUCAAGCAUCUGAGAGUACAUACUGGAGAGAAACCCUAUCAAUGUAAGGAAUGUGGUAAAGCCUUUAGCCAGUGUUCAACCCUCACUGUACAUCAGAGAAUUCAUACUGGAGAGAAACUCUAUAAAUGUGGUGAAUGUGAGAAGGCCUUCAAUUGUCGAGCAAAACUUCAUAGACAUCAGCGAAUCCAUACAGGUGAGAAACCCUAUAAAUGUAAUGAAUGUGGAAAGAAUUACAGCCAGUUUACAUCCCUAGCUGAACAUCAGAGGCUUCAUACUGGAGAACAACUGUGUAAAUGCUUGGAGUGUGGGAGGACCUUCACACGCAUCUCAACCCUUAUUGAACAUCAGCGGAUUCAUACUGGACAAAAACCCUAUCAAUGUAAGGAAUGUGGGAAAACCUUCAACCAGUAUUCAUCCUUUAAUGAGCAUCGGAAGAUUCAUACUGGGGAAAAACUUUACAGGUGUGGAGAGUGUGGGAAAGCUUUCGGUUGCAAAUCCAACCUUUAUAGGCAUCAGAGGAUUCAUACUGGAGAGAAACCCUAUCAGUGUAAUCAGUGUGGAAAGGCUUUCAGCCAGUAUUCAUUCCUAACUGAACAUGAGAGGAUACAUACUGGAGAGAAACUCUAUAAAUGUAUGGAGUGUGGGAAAGCCUACAGUUACAGAUCAAACCUUUGUAGACACAAGAAAGUUCACAAUAAAGAAAAACUCUAUAAAUGGAAGGAAUAUGGGAUCAGAGAUUUCUUAGAGGAGAUAAACCCUGUGAGGUUUAAUUCACCUCUCAAAUAAUUUAGGAGUUCUCUUUGGAGAAUAAUCAGAAUAAUAGGGCAUAGACUUCUGAGAAAUUAUUUUAUUUGCUUCUCUUGGAGGAAAUGUGCUACUUACCAUUAAAUAAUGGUAAAAUUGAACAGUGAAUAUUAAAAGCAUUGAUUUGUCAAAUUUUAUAAGAACCAGUAAAUUCUAAGGUUUCUAAAAACACAAAAAAUUUAAAUUCAUAGAAA